AUGAAAAAUGUCAUACGUGAGCUUUCAAUUGUUUGGAUCGAUGAAACUGAAAAUAUAACUCAACAUCAGGAAUUCCAAGCAGAAGAUAACCGAUCAGUACAAAAGCAUUUAUCAAUCGAGAGUCAAGAACAAUUUUGUUUAAAAGUAUCAUUGAAAAAGGCAAACCUUUCUGUUGAUCAUCUUUGUCUUCCUUGGCGAUACAACUCGCAAAAGAACCGCCAUCAUCCACAUCAGUGA